UUUAAAAUUACUUUGUAUUAUAAGUGCUGUAAGAAUUUUGUAUAAAACUAGCAAUUAUAAACGGCUUAGUAAAUCUUAUUGAUGGUAGGGCUGCUAAGUAUUUUCCGAAGAAACCACACAAAUAUAAAAAUUUUCAAGCAGCUCCGUCAGCGACAUUAUUUCAAAAAUAUGGACUCUGAACUGCUUAAGCCACCACACCAUGUGUAUGGCAUGCAAACGCUAGAACGUGAAGCGUUUCGAAAGGAAGUACAGAUACCACGAUUGCGUGUUCCGGAAGAGCAGCUACAUAAGGUGCUACCAUUAGUAAAGAAUGUGUUAUUAAAAAUGGAGCAAUUACGUCCGGUGCAGAAUUUGCUUAAUGAAUCUAAAGAUAAUAACAAUUUGUUUAAAGAAAUUUUAUUGCAUCCAUUACCAGUGAAAUCAUGGGAUUCCCUGCCAAUUGAACAGCUUGAAGAAAAUCAAAUCACUUCCAGUGAUUUCUAUUUCAAAGAAUUAGAAUUGAACUACAAAAAUUGGCGUGCUGAUGAAAUAUUAAAGUGUGUCCUACCAACUAAUGAAGACGGCCUAACCUCGUACUCACGCAUUGGUCAUAUUGUGCAUAUAAAUCUUCGUGAGCAUUUAUUGCCAUAUAAAAAGUUAAUAGGUGAAGUUUUAUGUGACAAAGUACCCAAUUGUCGCACAGUUGUGAACAAAGCAGCGACCAUUGAUAAUACAUACCGAAAUUUUGCCUUCGAGUUAAUUUCUGGCGUUCCAGAAUAUCAAGUGGAAACCAAAGAGAAUGGUAUUACUUUCGAAUUUGACUUUUCCAAUGUUUACUGGAAUCCAAGAUUAUGUACUGAGCAUGAACGUAUAGUCCAACUAUUAAAAUCUGGUGAUGUGCUAUAUGAUGUCUUUGCUGGUGUGGGUCCUUUUAGUGUGCCAGCAGCAAAAAAGCGUUGCAUUGUAUUGGCUAAUGAUCUCAAUCCAGAAAGUUAUCGUUGGUUGCAAAAUAAUAUGAAAAGAAAUAAAUGCACGAAUCAAGCAAAAUUGUAUAAUAAAGAUGGGCGUGACUUUAUCUUAGAAGAUAUUAAAGCAGAUUUGCUUAAACGAUGGUUAGAAGUGGAUUCGAAUUCUCCGUCAGAUACUGCUAUACAUAUCACAAUGAAUCUACCCGCUAUGGCUGUAGAGUUUCUAGAUGCUUUUAGAGGUUUAUUCGCUGCGGAAGCAACAGAUUUGAACUUUACAAAUAAAACUUAUAAUUAUCCUACUGUUCAUGUAUAUACUUUCACUAAAGGUGAAGAUACAAAAAGUUUAGUAAAACCACUAGUUGAGCAACAUUUAGGUUUAAGCCUUGACAAUAACUCAUUGGAUAUACAUUUUGUACGCAAUGUAGCUCCUAAUAAAGAUAUGUAUCGUGCCUCAUUUCGUUUAACGCCAGAGAUGCUUACAAAGUCUUUAACAGAGUUGGACACUGAAUCCAAUAAUGCACUUCUUAAUAGUCGUAAACGUGCUGCUUCGGAUGGCACAACAGAGCUAAACACUUCCCUACAAACUGCUAAAGUAAAAUGCAGUUAGCAAAUAAUGUUAAAUUAUUUAAAACUUUAAACUAAAUAAAUAUAAAUAAUUUAUUUUAUAUUAAAACCAAAGAGUAUUUUAAUUA